AUGUAUUUGGCAGUCUAUUUACGUACUUCAACGACAGUCAACGCCAAGCCACAAAGGAUGCUGGAACGAUUUCUCGACUUAAUGUUUUGCGUAUCAUCAACGAGCCAACUGCUGCGGCCAUUGCUUAUGGCUAAUCAUCAAGGAAAUCGAACGACUCCAUCUUAUGUGGCCUUUACGGACACUGAACGUCUGAUUGGCGACGCUGCUAAAAAUCAAGUGGCAUUGAAUCCGUCUAUCACUGUUUUUGACGCAAAGCGCUUGAUUGGACGCAAGUUUGACGAUCCAGCCGUUCAAUCCGACAUGAAGCAUUGGCCGUUCAAGGUUAUCCAAGGAGAAGGUGCUCGUCCAAAAAUCCAAGUGGAGGUUAAAGGAGAGAUGAAGGCGUUCUUCCCUGAGGAAGUUUCGGCAAUGGUUUUGACUAAGAUGAAGGAAACGGCCGAAGCAUUUUUGGGACAAACCGUUAAAGACGCUGUCAUCACUGUGCCUGCGUACUUUAACGACAGUCAACGCCAAGCCACUAAGGAUGCUGGAACGAUUUCUGGACUUAAUGUUCUGCGUAUCAUCAACGAGCCAACUGCUGCGGCCAUUGCUUAUGGUUUGGAUAAGAAAGGCCAAGGCGAGCGCAACGUCUUGAUUUUUGACUUGGGCGGUGGAACUUUUGAUGUGUCAAUCUUGACUAUUGAAGAUGGUAUUUUUGAGGUCAAGUCGACUGCUGGAGACACUCACCUUGGAGGCGAAGAUUUCGACAAUCGAAUGGUCAACCAUUUUGUUGCUGAGUUCAAACGUAAGCACAGGAAGGACCUUGCCACCAAUCCUCGUGCUCUCCGUCGUCUUCGUACUGCUUGUGAACGCGCUAAGAGGACUUUGUCUAGCUCCACUCAAGCGAGCAUUGAAAUUGACUCUCUCUUUGAUGGAAUCGAUUUCUACACCAACAUCACUCGUGCACGUUUUGAAGAACUUUGCGCUGAUUUGUUCCGCAGUACUAUGGAUCCAGUUGAGAAGUCGAUUCGUGAUGCUAAGAUGGACAAGUCUCAGAUUCAUGACAUUGUUUUGAGCAUCAAUCCGGACGAAGCUGUCGCCUAUGGAGCUGCUGUUCAGGCUGCAAUUUUGUCUGGCGAUAAGUCUGAGAAUGUUCAGGAUCUUCUUCUUUUGGACGUUGCUCCACUCUCGUUGGGAAUUGAAACUGCUGGAGGCGUCAUGACUCCGUUGAUCAAGAGAAACACGACUAUUCCCACCAAGACUUCUCAAACGUUCACUACCUAUUUUGACAACCAGCCUGGUGUUCUUAUUCAGGUCUAUGAAGGUGAACGUGCUAUGACUAAAGACAACAAUUUGUUGGGCAAAUUCGAGUUGAGUGGAAUUCCUCCUGCUGCUCGUGGUGUUCCUCAAAUCGAAGUCACCUUUGACAUUGACGCCAACGGAAUUUUGAAUGUUUCUGCCCAAGACAAGUCGACUGGAAAGCAAAACAAGAUCACCAUCACUAAUGACAAGGGACGUCUUUCCAAAGAUGAGAUUGAGUAUGGUCCAAGAGGCUGA